AGCCAUUUUGUUUUCCUCCCUAUUGGACCCAUUUUAGGCGAGUCACCCCAAGCAGGUAAUCCACCUGUGAACGACCAACUUUCACAUUUUUUCUUCUUUUUUUUUGGCCCAUAUGAGAUAGCCCUGCUCUGCUACUUGAGCAAGGCAAGCCGCAACGCUCCCCCAUCGUCUUACAAGCAGCAAACAUGGCAGCAAGAAACCCGGGGCCCUACCUGAACCAAGUGCCACUGGGCUUCCCCAGUUACAACAGGAAAGUGUUCAGGGACAUUCUGGCGAGGCGCGCCUUCAUGGAGUCCGAAGUCAACACGCGGGUUUACAAAAAUGUGUUUGACAACCUGGGAUUUAAGGGGCAAAUAAGGGUCAACAACAAGGUCGGAGUUAACCGGAUACGCAUGAGGUGCAUACAAGGCGGGUACUCUAGAGGAAUUUACAAAUUCACGAGGAUGGCGAAAAUGGCUUUUUUUCAAACGGCAAGAGAAGGGUGGUUAAAAAAGUAUGGCUAUCGACCUGACCUGUUCAGGUAAAAACGGGGGAGAAAAAGUCACGUCUUCCUCUCGCACGAAAGGGGUUAUUACUACGCCAAAAGGGGCACCUUAAAAAAGGCGUGAUGCUUCGCACACACAGGUGUUUGCACUUAUGCGUUACUUUAUUUUUGGCAAGAGAGAAACUCGGCUAGGCGCGCUUUUUCUCCCCGUCCAUGUUUUUCACCGAUGGUUAGGCGAACUCAAUUUGGAAGUACGCACGUUGUUGGCAUCCAGUGGGGGGCAACGUAAAAAAAAAAAAAAACACAAAACAGAAAAUAACAUAGUACGGUAUAGCAUAGCACUGAUUAACACAACGUAGCGUAGCUUAACAUAUUCAAACGAAUGGAAGACGCCCACUACCAGCGCUCACCCUGGAGACAAACACUUCGCCUCGCUAACCCCUUGGAGAAACGACUUUUCAUUUCCCCAUACCCCGUACCGUUGGUUGAGGCUCCUCACGAAUUCGAUCAGGCUUGGCUGUGAGAGCAGCGCACGCUGCAGGUCCUCGUUGACUGCAGUGGGGAACAGGCGCCAAGUAAAGGCAGAUUCACACACAAGGGGGGAAGCUCAAAUGAAGGAGAUUUGCACCAAAAGGAGGGGGCCCACGUGAGGGGAGCUCCGCACAAAAUGGGCGAAGAAAUGAACCCCGCUCGCCCCUCAUCACCAUUUUCCUUUAUCGAUCUUUUUCAAACUCGCCGAAUGGUGCAAUGUGGGGGGAACUUUUUCGUGCCCCCCCCUUCUGGCACUCUUAACGAAAGGUUGCCUUUAAAACCUCGCCUCGCUUACAUUUCGACGGAAGGGAGUAAAGUAUAGACAGA